AUGUCUCUACAUAAUGAAGCUUGUAAAAAACUUGGUAUUUUCUUAAACUUAUUUACUACGAGGGUUAACCUCCUUGUUAUAAAUACAAGAAACGAAAUUAUAAAUCAAAAAAGAUAUAUAUAUUUUUUGUUAUUAAAUAAAAAAGGAGAAAAGGCACACAUAGCCAUAUGCUGUAUGCUAAGAAAUGAGAAUAACCAUAAUGUUUUGAAAAUAUUAUUAUCUUUAUGUAAAGAUUCAAAUUUGUUUUUAUUUUUUGAAAAUGAAAAAAAUAAAAAAGACGAAGAAACUAAAAGAUGCAUUAGAAAUAUUCUUUAUUGUUCUAAUAAAUUAAUGAUAAAGAAUAGAGAAUAUGUAAGGAAUAAUUUUAUUCAUAUAUAUGGAAAGAAAUAUAUAGAUCUUAUCGAAAAUAAUUAUGAUUUAAUUGAUGAUAAUAUAAAUCAACUUUUAAAUAAAUAUACUUUUUCAUCUACAGAAAUUGGACAAGCAAAAAACAACAUCAUAAUACAAAUGAAUAAAAAAAAAAAAGAAAAUAUUAAUAAUAAUAAUAUGAUGACUAUGAUAGAUGAAACAAAUAUAAAAACAUGUAUUUGUAAUUUUUGUAUAUAUUCGAAAAAAGAAAAAUAUAAUGAUUUCUAUAACAAUCAAAAUAUAUAUUAUUCUCAUCACAAUC